AGUCCCUUCCAUUAUAUUCCAGCUGCAGUCAUUUAUUAAACAUCAAUUAGCUACAACAGUUACGGUUAGGUUUGGGGAAAAGGGCCAGCACGAAACGUUUUCUUAGGCCUUCAUUGUACAAUAGUUUAUUACAAGCGUAGAUUUUUUCGCCAAUUAAAAAUUGUAAACCCUCUAAUAGUCAAUAAAACUUAACAAGCUAUUUAUGUUGUUUAUUGGUUUCCACACAUCAAUGAGGUUUUCUAUAUCGAACUUGUUACCUGUUAAGUGUCAGGCGUAGUAUUUCUACAAUGUUGUUUUUUGUUUCAUUGCUAAGUAUUUUUUUGUUUUUAAAAUGUGGAGAUGGGAAGUUAGCUUCCAUGGUAAUGUCAGACUUUUUUCUCCUUCGCUAUUUCUUUUUAUCUCUUUUCUUCCAUCACACAAGUUGUAGCUGACACAUAAACUUUUCAGCAUCCUGUAUUAAUCGCCCGAUCUUCUUUGGAUUGGAUGCCGAGCAGAAUUAAUUCCCUUUAUUCUGAUGUUGGAGCAUGGAGCGGAAAGUUUCGACCGGUUAUGGAUGAAAUAGAAUCGGAUGAAGCUUUGAGAUUUUAUCAAUUCCUUAAUUACUUAGACGGAGGCAGUUUUGGUACGGGUCCCAUAGAUGAGUUCGUAGACGCAAUGUAUAGAUUAGCAAGUUAUAUGAAACAACAAAACAGUAGGGAAACACAAGUGAGAGGUAUGCGAGAGCUUGAAGCAAUUAAUGGUGAAAAAGGUAACAGUAUCAAAACAGUUUUAGAAAUUAGCACUGUUAUAAUGAGGAAGAAGCGUAAAUUUUUUUGCACUGGCGAAGUGAAGGAGCCAAUUGUUAAUAAUAAAAUAAUAUGCAAAGAUAGAAUAUUAUUGCCUAUUGCUGGGAGUUCGUGUAGAGACGCAAUCAUGUAUUGGCACCCAGACUUGACCGAGGAGCAUUAUUGCGUUGGCGCGCUAGAGUCAAAAAGCCCUGUUCAUAUUAUGGAUAUAGAAGGUGAAAUGUUUUGUAAAGGGGACGACUAUUCUAAAAGAGAAUACUUGUUAGCAUGUGAUUUUUAUGAAGACCAAGAAGCUCCAGUUGCGGAUUUACUUCAAUACUAUCCUGACCCGGAUCCAGAAAUAAGCCCCAAACUAUUCUAAUACAUCAAACUCAUAAGCAUUGAAUGUUUAUGCUAUCCGUAUUUAUUAAUUUGAUGUUUA